UAUGUAUAUCAUGAGUCGAUGGAUACUUUUUUCUUCUUUUUUAUGAUUAUUUCCUGUUUGUUUUGCACUAUGACCUUUUGAUGCAAAUUGUUUAUUACUACAAGCCAGGCACUAGUUAUACUAUAUGUAUGCAGUUGCAUAGGAAGACCCUGGCUGGUUCGUUCUUAUGUCGGAUGGAUAAUGGCUACUUGAUUUUUUUUUUUUUUUUUUUUUUUUUUUUUACAAAGUUUACAUAGUUAGGUAGAUUACUCGGAUUAGGCAUUUAUGGUACACAUUUCUUUACUGAAACUUUCUCUCUCGUUUU